AUGGACCACCGCCCACAAGCAUGGGGUCGUCCUAGAGACGACGUCUACGGCCCGUACAACCACUCCUACUUCCAAGAGAAUACUGCGCCGCAAUCGCACACACAGCAGCCGAUUGUCACGGGCACGUCUGUGAUAGGUAUCAAAUUCAAAGACGGUGUCGUCAUAGCCGCCGAUAACCUGGCCUCGUACGGCUCUCUCGCCCGCUUCACUGACGUCCAACGUAUCAAGACGUUCCAGGGCAAGUCUGUCGUCGGCUUCUCGGGGGACGUAUCCGACAUGCAGUACAUGGACCAGCACCUGACCGCCCUGGCCAACGACGAGCAUUACAGCAACGGCGAGGAGCCCCGCCUUAACGCCGAAAACCUGCACCGCUACCUAGCCAAGAUGCUCUAUAACCGUCGCUCCAAGUUUGACCCGCUCUGGGUUCACAUUCUCGUCGCCGGCCUCAACGACGACGGGCGCCCUUUUCUCGGCGCCGCCGACCUCCUCGGCACCACGUACACCAGCCCCUCGCUCGCCACCGGCUACGGUGCCAUGCUCGCCCAGCCCAUCAUGCGCAAGCGGGUGCCGGACGAGGAGGCCGCGCAGGCGCUGGAGAAGGAGGAUGCCAUCCAGCUCAUCAAGGAAUGCAUGGAGGUGCUCUAUUACCGCGACGCGCGCAGCAUGGACAAGUACUCCAUGGCUGUCAUCACAAAGGACGGCAUCGACGUGUCGUACGAUAAUACCCUCGAGGCCCAGAGCUGGAAGUUUGCAGAGACCAUCAAGGGCUACGGCACUCAGACAGUCUAA